AUGGUGGUGAGCACGACGUUCCUGGCGAUGGGCGGCUCAGUCUCCCUCCACAGCGAAGCAGAACAGCCUCUAGUUGCUCGAUCAUUGGUCGCCAAGGCCUCCGUCGCGAUCUCCCGUUCCACCGCCGGGGUGAAGCGGGACACGGAAGGGAGCAAGCAGAAAAAACUUGCCUUUCUCGAGAUCGAACGCAUUGCAGAUAUCAUCGAGGACUUCAAUAUGGUUCUGGUUAUUAGAAUUGGCUUGAAGAUGGGAAAAAGGAAGAUUGCUGCUGCUCAAUGCAGGUGGGAGAUGUGUGGACAAGUGAAGGUGGUAUUGAAAAUUGAGAGUGAUGAAGAUCGUUUUGUCCUGCAGCUAAGACUCUGA